UCUUACUUUCAUCAACAUGUCCUCAACGCAAAACGUGUUUUCUUUUAUAUAAAACUAUUAUUUACAAGCAGAAUAAUGGACGCUUACGAUGUAUUUAAGAAACUUACAAAAGGAGCAAUAUUUAGGAAGAAUAAAAAUCCGAAGCAAACUUUAAAACCAGCAGUUUCUGAAGAUAAUAAUAUUUCUGUGAAAACUAGUAAAGUAUCUAAAUUUUUAAAUAAUGGAGAAACAAGCCAGAUAACCUUAUUAAGUGGUAUGAGCCAUGAACCCAAAACUGGCAAAAAACGAAAACUAUUAGACGAGAAUGAAAUACAGAAGAAAAAAAGACUUCUUGAACAAGAAGAGAUCAAUCAUUACAGAAAUAUAAAUAAUAUAUCGGUAGUUGGUAGGCAUGUACCGAACCCUGCAAGAGCAUUUAGAGAUUUCAAUAUUGAUGAAGAUAUCAAACAAAAUCUUAUUAAAUGCGGUUAUACUGAACCCACACCAAUUCAAAAACAAGCUGUUCCAAUUAUGCUACAAGGCAGGCAAAUGCUGGCAUGUGCCCCUACGGGUUCAGGAAAAACAGCAGCCUUUUUAGUCCCGAUUAUUCAGGAACUGAAAGGACCACAGAAACAAGGCUUCAGAGCUCUGAUCUUGUGUCCCACUCGAGAAUUAGCUAAUCAGUCUCAGAGGGAGUGUAUGAAACUCUCGGAAGGUCGGGGGUUUAGAAUUCAUACUAUAAGUAAAAUAAAGAAGGCUUUGACACAGUAUGGGCCUAAAAGUAGUAAGAAAUAUGAUAUUCUAAUAACAACUCCUAAUAGAUUAUGUUACUUGCUUAAACAAGAUCCCCCGGCUAUUCAGCUGUCGAACGUGGAGUGGUUGAUUAUUGAUGAAGCUGACAAGCUGUUUGAAGAUGGUACUAGAAGUUUUCGAGAUCAGAUGAAGGAAAUUCUUGUUGCUUGUGAUAAUAGUAAUAAAAAGAUAGCUAUGUUUAGCGCUACGUAUACCCCGAUUGUGGCAAAAUGGUGUGUGCACAAUAUGAAAGGAUUGGUCAGGGUGACAGUGGGACAAAAAAAUGCUGCCGCUGACACGAUUGACCAAGAACUGCUUUUCGUUGGUACAGAACAAGGAAAGUUGUUAGCUUUCCGAGAUUUGGUACGACUAGGCCUGAGUCCUCCAGUUUUGGUCUUUGUCCAAAGCAAAGAGCGUGCUCAACAGCUCUUCAACGAACUAAUUUAUGAUGGGAUCAACGUAGAUGCCAUACAUGCUGAUCGAACACAGACACAGAGGGACAACACAGUAAGGAGUUUCCGGGAAGGCCGCAUCUGGGUAUUGAUCUGUACCGAACUGAUGGCCCGAGGUGUUGACUUUAAAGGUGUUAAUUUGGUAAUAAAUUAUGAUUUUCCACCCACGGCUAUCUCGUACGUACACAGGAUAGGAAGGGCAGGGAGAGCAGGGCGUAAGGGCAAGGCCAUUACGUUUUUUACCACAGAGGAUACAGUAAAUUUAAGGAGUAUUGCUCAUAUUUUGAAGGAAUCUGGAUGCGAUGUUCCAGAAUACAUGUUGAAAUUGAAGAAGAACCGAAAGUCUGAAGUAAAAAAGAUGGCGAAAUCAGCACCAAAAAGAGAUGAGAUUAUAACCAUACCUCUGUAUGACAGAAUAAAAGGAGGCAAAAAGAAGAAGUUUAUGGAGAUCUCUAAAAGGAUGAAAUCAAAGAAUACAAAAGACUCCACUGAUGUGAAGAAGAAACAAGGAAAGAAAGUGUCAGAUCAGAAGAAGAAAAUAAAUUUUAAGACUAAAGAAACUAAGAAGAAAACUAUUAAAGUUAAAAAGAAGUUGUCCAAUAAACAAUAAAUUAAUAAAGUUUAU